GAAUCCUUGGAUAUGAAGAGGAAAAAUAACUCUAGGGAGGUUUGAAAGCAAGGGUAAGGAUCUUAAGAUCCAUUUGGUGUUUAACCAGAGCUUGUUAUAAUAAUGGGUAUUUUCAUUGUUCUAUUGUCACAGCUUUGUUCCAGAUUGGUCAUUGAUUUUGGGUGAGUUGCUCCGUAGCAGGUGAAGAGGGAACUGCCGGUGUUUGUGAAGAUGAAGGGAUUUUUGGCACUCCAGAAAAGAGAAAAACAGCCACCAAGGGUCACUUUGAAGAAAUGUGACCUGAUCCAGUCAAAGGCCAUUUGUGAAAGCUCAAUCACUUUGGAGGGUGCAACUGGAAAGAAGGUAAGGAUCAAGAAUCAAGAUCAAGGAGCAACUUUAGUCACUGUAUACACUCAUAAGAACUGGAUAUACCGUGUACCUGAGAAGAGUGAUCUGACCAUUGCAAGUGAAAAUACCAUCUUCCAUACCAGUGGAGUGCAGACUCCCAGCAAUGUUGUCAUACAGUUGGAUUGGAGUGACGAAACUCUGAGGGAAACCUCCAGGAACAUCAUCCCUUGGUCUGUCUCCAUGAUCCAUCAACAGAAGUGUAUGGAACUGCUGGAGGAGAAGAUGGAACUUAUCUCCACUCUUAAGGAUGAAUCUGCAGAAAAGGACAUACAGAUUGCAACACUCCAGAAGGAGGUCGAGAACUUGACAGAAAAGCUUCCAAAAUUGACUGAAGAUGGCCUGAAGACAGAGGUGCUGUCUCUGUGCCCAAUACGAAUUCAGCUGGAAAUCCUUAAAGCAACUCAAGAGGAGAGCAAGCAAAAGGACGUGAUCAUUGCUGAUUUGAGAGACCAGAUAUGGCAGCUUGGACUGGAGAUCCGAUUGCUGAGAGAUGAUGUCGGCCUUGCUGUGCUCGACAUGGUGACAAAUGACAAAGAAGAGUCAAACCCAUUGGAACAAGAAGUUACAAAGGAGCUUCCCGAGGCAUCAGCAGUGAAAUCAGAUGAGGAGACCAAACCAGAGAGCCAGGGUGAGCAGGAAGAAAGCAAAUCAAGCUCGGAAGAGGAUGAAUACAGAGGGUCUGAGGGGCACCUUCCAUCUGACUCAACCGAAUCGGUCAGCUCAGUGAAAUCUACGGACCGGGAGGAAGGUGAAUCGUUCACGUCAGAAGAUGAGGCAGUGAAAGUGUUGGUAAUCAGGAACACGGAGCUGGAAGAGAAGGUGAAAGAAAUGGAAGAGAGCUAUAAUAUGUCAACAGGGACACUCAGUACUCUGAUCAGAAAACUCUCCCGUGCUGAGGAUCAUCUGAGGAAUUCAGAGGCUGUGGUGGCGAAACUGCAAAAGGAACUGAGCGAGAGAUGUUCCCAGCUACAGGACAUGUCCAGCAAGUUCUCCAGCCUGCGGGAGGAAAAUACCCAGAUUAAGGUGGUGGCAGACCUACAGAGUGAAAACAUCAAGCUCAGCGAGCUAGUUACCAGACUGCAGGAGGAGGCAACAGGGAGUACAGACACUGCAGUGAAGCUGAAGGAGGAGGUGGAUAAGCUGCAGCUGCACAGCUGUGCAGAGGAGGCAAGGAGACGGCAGCUGCAGGAGCAGUGUGACAGCAUCAAGGCAGAAAACCAGACGCUCCGGCGAAACCUCCAGCAGCAGCUAGUGGAGCUGCAGGUGACCAGCGCCAGGUUGGAAAAGUUCAUCAGUAGAAUGGUGCAAGCUAUCUACAGCGCUCCUGGGAUUGAGCAGCCAACCACAGAGAUUACUGACGAAGAUACACUUCAAGCCUUCAGGAAAAUACUCGAUGAACGCCUCGAAUUUUAUGGGACGUUGACAGCUCAUGAAAUACCAGUGCGUCCUCUCUUCACUGGCAACACUGAGGAAUCCGAGAUGGCUCCUUAACUGGGUCACCAGACAUGCUCGCCUCCCUCA